AUGAAAGAGGAUCGUGGCUCCGACACGCUCGAGGAGAUCGACGACCCAUCCGAGCUUCUCUCUAGACCGCUCGAGCCCGUCCCGCUCGUGCGGCCGCCUUCGCCCUUAUCUCCGAACGUGGUCGAAAAGAAACGUGUCCUUCCGCCCGGAUAUUCCUCCUCCUCGACAGGCGCAAGCCCUUCGAGCAGCGCAGCUUCACGGAUAUGGACGCCAAGCGCUCGCAGCGUGCCAGUCGCAUCGUCAUCUGGAUCGUCGGCAGGAUACGGCUUGGUCAUUGGAGGCAGUGGUGCCCGCGUGCCCACACAGUUCCUGGAUGAAAGCGGCGGCUUUUCCAGACCGGCCCCGUCAACUGGUAUUCAGCAAGUUGCGACUCAGAGCGCAGCCGUACCAUCCAUGCCUGGUGCUUUUCCUCUGUCAAGCUCUGCCGGUCCGUCGUCCGAGGCUCACCCGCCACGGCAACAAUCGAUGCAACAAGCUCGGGCUGUCGUCGAUCUGACGCUGGAUAGUGACGAUGACGACGAGAAACCGGCUACAAGCCGAGCACCUAUCCCAUCGUACGAUCCAACAGCGUCGUCCGAAGGGCCUUCGCGAAUCCUCCUCCCGCAAGGCAAUGGUACAAUAAGCCGUGCAGACCAGACCGUGUCCGUCGUCGAUGACGACGAAGACGAAGACGAGCCAGUCAUCGUCUCGCACAAGCUCGCCUCGCCAAAAGCCGAGGAUUUCGAGAUCGAUCACGUGAAAUCGAAUGCGAUCGUCUGCGCAGGCAUGAUCAAUGCGGUCGUACUCUGCAUGCAAGGCCUUCCGCCAUCUCUAACUUACAACGGCGUCAUCGGCCAGGAUCCACCAGCGGAUCCAAAUUUUAGUCGCCAAAGUUGGCCAAGAGCCUCUCGAUUCUGGAUCGAAGACGGCUACCGGCCACUCAUGCUCAACAUGACGAAUCCGACAAACUUACCCGCAUCUAAUCGGGCACUGCCCGGUGGUUGGACCUUCACUGCUCCACCGCCUCAACGCGCAGACAUCACUGUCAGUGCAGUGGUGCCUCCCCGCGCCAGAUUUCCUCAACUUUCGAUUGAGGAAGCGAACCAGUACGGCCCUGCAGCGGAGCACUCUUUCGGUGCGCUAGCCGACAAGUACAAAGAUUCCAUGGAGCCUCUGCUGAGGCAGAACAAGAUGCGCUGCGAGGCGCGCUGUCGUAUGGUCCCGAUCGGUCGAGCGCAGAACUUCCUGCAUUACCUCGAAAUCCUUGUGUUCGCUCGUCGGACUGAUCUCGCGCUCGUCUCGGACCGUCUGUCGUCGCACGGCAUUCAGCUCGAGCAUCCGCCCUCGUACCAUCCCGAGGACUACCCAACCGAGCCGCAGUACGAGAAUCCGCACAAUCCGCCCGCUGGAGGUAUGCGCAACGAUGCCAUGCUCGGCAUGUACAACGGUAUCCACCGCGGCGCGGGUAUGGGCACAAUCAUUCAGAAUCGCGAGCUCUCGGAGAAGGAGAAAAAGGCUCAGGUCGAUGCUGUGUACGCCAGUCUUCGCAGCGGUGAGGAGUUGCCAGCCAUUGAGCCAGCCGAGGUCAUCGCAACGCCACUGCUUGAACACCAGAAGCAAGCACUCAGUUUCUUGAUCAAUCGAGAGAAGGAUCGACGCUGGCCAGAGCUGCUGCUGAAACCGGCGAUCACCGUGGAAGACGGGUCAGAGGAGCCGGCUGAAUCGGUCAAGGAUGUGAAGCCUGAAUCGGUCAGGGACGAGAAGCCAGGAUCGGUCAAGGCUGAGACCUCCGCGAGCAACGGCACGGGGGGACACGCCAACAGCAAAGGCGGGAGCAAGAGUGAAAAGGAGGAAGAGGUUGACGAAGACUCCAUUUCCCUCUGGAAGGUGCGCAAGGGCCUCAAUGGUAAGGUGCGCGCCUGGCGCAACCUCAUCACGAAUCGAGAGACUUUCAGCCAGCCUCGCAUCUGUCGUGGCGCCAUCCUGGCUGACGACAUGGGUCUUGGCAAGACAAUUUCUACCCUUGCUCUGAUCGCACAUACUCGGAGGGAUGCGAGGCUGUUCGGCGCUAUGAAAGUUGAGCGUGAUCCUCAGGCCGAGCUUGAUCAGGCGAUGCGACUGGCAAAUAUCUCGACAGAAGCAGCAUCUCGCGAGGCCGAGAGACGCAACGGCGUCGGCAAGGUCAAUGGCCGUUCCAAGCGUCGGCUCAGCGAAUCUGACGACGACUUUGCGGACGACGACGUGGAGCCUGACGAGGACGACGAUGACAAAGCGACUAUGUCGCUCGCCGUUCACGGUGCUCCACCGGCUGCACCAACAGCGUCUGCAAAGAGCAAAGGGAAGAAGCCGCAAAAGGACAAGGUUGAUCCCGAGGUCGCUCGCCGCCAAAACCUCGAGUGUCGCAGUCGCGCAACCUUGAUCGUCUGCCCUUUGUCCGUCGUGUCGAAUUGGGAAGAGCAGAUCAGGGAGCAUUGGUCUAGGAAAAAGCGACCCAAAGUUUACAUUUAUCACGGUCCCUCGCGGUCUACCAGCAUUCGGUGGAUCGCGGAUCACGAUAUUGUCCUGACGACUUACUCGACGCUCGGCUCCGAGUUCUCGAACCAGUCGACAUGGAUCACCGAGGGCGAAAACAAGAAGCGUAAUGGCAAGAAGGAUGGAUCGCCCGACUCUGACUCCGGACGGGAUGAUGACGACGAUGACGAUGACGAAAUCUUCAUGGUCAAUCAGAAUGGCAUUCCUAUCGAGACCGAAGCCAGCGUCGCCGGUCCGCAAAAGAAGGGCAAGAAGCCGAAGAGGAAACCCGGCAAAGAAGCACUCAAUCCUUUGCAGCGCAUCGACUGGUUCCGCAUCGUGCUCGACGAGGCUCAUCAGAUCAAGGGAGCGGGUACCUGGCAAUCUCGAGCUGCUUGUAACCUGACGGCGCAGCGCCGCAUCUGUCUCACGGGCACACCCAUCCAAAACACCAUCAACGACCUGUACGCUCUCGUCAAGUUUCUCCGCCUAGAGCCUUUCACAGAUCGAGCUAUCUGGAAUGAGUUUUGCGGCCAUCGCGAGAACCUGCACCUCAGAGUGAAGAAGGAGGACGGUCCGAUCGACUCCGCCAACAUCGGGCACGUUCAGAUUCUGAUGAAGUUCUUGGCGCUGCGUCGGCAAAAGACGACCAAGACGGCAGAUGGCAAGGCACUGCUCACCCUCCCACCGAAGCUCAGCAAGACCGAGUAUCUCGACUUUGAGGAGAGGGAGAAGGCUCGCUACCAAGCUCUCCACGACAAGUACAGGGACGACUUUGAAGGCAUGAUGGCCAAUGACACGGUCAAGCACAACUACGCCACCAUCCUGCACGAGAUCCUCAACUUGCGCAUGACGUGCGAUCAUCCUUCGAUGGUCGAUGCCAGCAAGGACGCGAAGCGGAUGGGUCGAGGAGCCGAUCUGUCCGAAGCGAUCAAGCACGACGGUCUUACGCCGGAGAGGGCGGCGGUGUUGUUCAUCCUGUUCCGCGAUACCGAGAUGGCGUAUUGUUCCGAGUGCCAGGCAGAUCUCUCGAGUAGCAUCGAAGCGGAUGCGGGUGGAAACGAUGCUCAGGAGCUCGCUGAUGCGCUCGAUGAUGCGGCUGCUGAUUCGCGCAAUGGGAACGGAUCGCGCAAGAGGACCAAGAUCGAGCCUGGGAUGGGAGCGGUGUCGGCGGGCACGUCGAGCAAUGGAAUCGUGACGCCGGCGGGAGGCGGGGCGGUGCGACCUGUGGUGACUCGAUGCCAGCACAUUUUCUGUUCGGCCUGCUUCCGUCGCACUAUCGGCUAUCCUUGGCCAGACGUCACUUCGGAGGAUAUCGGGCAUUGUCCAGCGUGCAAUGACGCGUUGCAGCUCGCGCUCGACGCGGUCGAGUUGGACGCUUCCGACUUUGUCGGCCUCAACGACGAUCAGGCGGAACGCAUGGCCGACGGUGACAGCGAUUUCAUCGAUGACGAGGUUGCGGACGAGAGGCGGUUGAAGCAGCUCAAAGGGGAAGAUUCGGACAAGGACGAGCUGGUGGAUGACUUUGAUUGGGGGAGUGGCGACGACGAUAAGAAACCGCAAUUGAGUCGACCCAAGGCUCCGCGCAAGAAUGGCAGGUCGACGGGGAGCAGCUCGAGCCGACCUCGUGGUGAUGUACCGCUGGAUGGGAGGAAGGACCUUUCGACCAAGAUCCGAGCUCUUAUUGCUGAUCUGUUGCCGUUCUCGAAGUGCAAUCCGCAUUCGAGUUUGUUCGACCCGCUUGCGCCGAGGCUGGUGCACAUCGAUCCGUCGACGUCGGAGGAUGCAGAGGUGCGCAAGGUGGAGGAACCUGUGGUGGUGAUUCAACGCCCGCCGCCGGCAGUGACUUCGAGCGGGUUGCUGGGAAAGCUGGACCAGUCGCUGGAUGCGAUCGACUUGUACGAUCCGGUCAAGAGCGUCGUUUUCUCGCAGUGGACCAAGAUGCUGGAUCGGAUCCAAAAGUCGCUCAACCUCACUGGGAUUCGAUACACCCGGUUGGACGGUACGAUGAGGCGGCCAGACCGGACCGCUGCGUUGGAGGCGUUCAAACGCGAUCCGAGCAUCGAGGUGCUGCUGGUGUCGCUGCGUGCAGGUGGGACGGGGUUGAACCUUGUCACUGCGUGUCGGGCGUACCUGAUGGAUCCGUAUUGGAACCCGGCGGUGGAGAAUCAGGGGCUGGAUAGGGUUCAUCGUAUGGGUCAAACGAAGCCGGUGAUCACGACAAAGUACAUUAUGCGGCACAGUAUCGAGGAGAACAUGCUCAGGCUGCAGAAGCGCAAGCUGAUGAUUGCGGAGAAGGUGGGGAGUAAGAGGCAGAUUGGAGCGAUGGGCGCAGAGGCGAGGAGGGAGGAGAGGAAUGAGGAGUUGAGAAUCUUGUUUGGGACGUCGAGUGGGGGGGUGGAGCUGUAG